AUGGAAGAACUCGACAAGAACGCCACCCCGGUCUCUGGGCUGCCCCUCGGCUUUCAUGGCACGGUAAUCCAUUCCCGAAGUUUGGAUGACCUCGAGAUCCUGGAGAAUUGCAUUGUGAUUGUGGGAACAGAUGGCAAGAUUCAGGCGCUACAAGCAGAUGUGGAAUCGGAUCAGAUCAACUCCAUUGUCUCGGAAAAUGGUUAUGUGCCGGACGUUUUCCCAGUGAAAUAUCUCAAGCGCGGGGAAUUUCUGUGCCCCGGCUUUGUUGAUACUCACAAUCAUGCACCCCAGUGGGCACAGCGUGGUGUUGGAAGAGGGAUUUCCUUGCUCGACUGGUUGGAUAAGGUCACUUUUGCCCACGAGGCCAAGUUCCAAGAUCCGGAAUAUGCCAAACGCAUGUACGCCUCUUGCGUGACGGGCUUUUUACAACAGGGCAUCACCACCGCAUCAUAUUACGGCUCGCAUCAUGGGCAGGCAACUCGCAUUCUGGCUGAUGUCUGCUUUGAAAAAGGACAGCGCGCUCUGGUGGGCAAGUGUAACAUGAACCGGAAUGCCCCGGACUGGUAUCGGGAUCCGUCGGUGUCCGACUCACUACGCGAAACGCGUGAGCUCAUCCACCAUGUCCAGAAACUUGAUCCGGAAUACCGUCUGGUGAAACCAAUACUGACGCCACGCUUUGCGAUAUGUUGUGAGCCGGAAUUACUGGAUGGGCUUGGUGCCAUCGCCCGUGAGCAUCCCAAUCUCCCAAUACAGACCCAUUUCAAUGAAGCAAAGCAGGAGAUCGAGUCCACGCAUCAGCUCUUUCCAGAAUUUGAUACGGAAGCUGAUCUCUAUCAGCGAUAUGGUUUGUUGAAUGAUCGAUCCAUCCUUGCCCACUGUAUCUUUUUACAGGAAGGAGAGAUGCGUCGCAUCCAGGAACUUGGCUGUGGGGUUGCCCAUUGCCCAAUCGCCAACACCACCAUGCAAGAUUUUAUGGUAGCACCUGUGCGAGAGUAUCUGCGCCGCGGUAUCAAGGUGGGCCUCGGAACUGAUAGUGGUGGUGGCUACUCGUCAUCCAUACUGGAUGCCAUGAAACAGGCUUUCAUUGUAUCGAAUGCGCAGCAGAUGUUGACCCAAGGACGGGACCCUGCCCUUUCUUUGUGCGAGGGCUUCUUUCUCGCCACUCUAGGUGGUGCGCAAGUGUGUGGUCUCGAUGACCGGGUUGGUAACUUUGCAGUUGGCAAAAAGUUUGAUGCGCUCGAAGUCCAUACCAAUCUUGGCCAAGCAGGAGUCAUGAGCCCAGUCGAAGAUGAAGAUACCCUCCAGGUGAUAUUCGAGAAGUUUCUGAUGACUGGGGAUGAUCGGAAUAUUGUCAAAGUCUAUGUGAGCGGUCGGUCGGUCAAGCUUUGA